CGAUAAGGCCGAGCGGGCAAAAAAAGGGUUGUGUUGGUAUUGUGAUGAAAAGUGGGUUCCGGGGCACCAUUGCAAACACCGCUUUCUCGCCUUUAUGGGGCCCGACGACGACGACGACGACGACCACACUGCCAAUGCGGAUCAGGUUGCUGAGGAUAUUAUUACUGCCGAUAUUUCAAGUAUGCAUUCACUGGCCGGCAGUCCUCAUCCUCGUUCCUUGAAACUCCUCGGGGCUGUGAAUGAUGUUCCGGUCCAGGUUCUACUGGAUGGCGGUAGCACUCAUAAUUUUUUGCACCCCGCCAUGGCUGAACGACUUGCCUUGGUUCUUCACCCAGUGACCCCAUUCCGUGUGUAUGUGGGCAACGGGGAUUCCCUACGAUGCUCCUAUUCCUGCCAGCAGACACCCCUAUUCCUCCAGGGCAACACCUUUGACGUUGAUUUGUUUAUUUUGGAAAUUCAUGGGCCGGACAUCGUGUUGGGGGUGCAAUGGCUGCAAACCUUGGGCAAGGUGUCUCACGAUUAUGCAAAUUUGACUAUGGAAUUCUCGUAUCAAGGCAAGGCGGUGAUUUUACGGGGCGAUAAUCAACCUCCUCGGCCGAUUGCUUACAAUCAUCUAUGGGCGCUGACAAGUCGGGCAACAGAUCUCGAAUUUUAUGAACUCGUCGUGACCUCGGCCCCUACCCCCACGACAGCAGAGGCCACCCUUGAGUUACCCACUGACGUUCCGGCUCCAAUCCGCGCCAUUAUACAUGGCCAUGCAGCCCUAUUUUCUCCGCCAGUCGGCCUACCACCCUCACGCCCAUGGGAUCACCAGCUACACUUGGUUCCGGCCGCCAAACCUGUCAAUGUGCCGGAGGACAGUUUCCAGCGGCUAAAAUUGGCCAUGACCACGGCCCCGGUCCUCCGGCUUCCGGACUUUACCCAGCCAUUCUACCUCGAGACGGAUGCAUCUGCCACGGGCAUUGGCGCGGUUUUACUCCAACAUGGACAUCCAAUCGCUUUCUUUAGCAAAAAGCUCGGGCCUCGGCGUCGCACCGCGUCGACGUACCACAAGGAACUUUAUGCCAUUGUCGAAGCCGUCCAAAAGUGGCGCCAGUAUUUGCUUGGACGGGAAUUCGUGAUCCGUAGCGAUCAACGGAGCCUUAAGGAGCUUCUGUUGCAAGUUAUUCAAACUCCGGACCAACAGUUCUAUAUCCGGAAACUCAUGGGAUUCAAGUUUCGUAUUGAAUACAAGACUGGGGCAUCCAACAAGGCGGCGGAUGCAUUGUCCCGACGAGAGGCAGAGGAGGACUCUUCGGCCAACCUCUUCACCACUUAUGCCCAGCCGGUCCCCCGUCUCCUCGCUACUCUCCGACACGAGCAUCUCCACUGCCCAGAGAUUGUGGCGUUGGUUGACGCCACCGACGGGCAAACGGAGGUGGUCAACCGGAGCCUUGAACAAUACUUGAGGGCCUUCACCUUCGAACGGCCGCGCCGGUGGGCUUCAUUUCUGCCUUGGGCUGAGUUGGCCCUGAACUGCAGCCACCAUGAAGGGUUGCGCAUGACGCCAUUCCAAGCGUUGUAUGGCCGCGAACCUCCGAAUUUGUUUGCUACAAUGGCCGUCCGAUCUCGCAGCCCCACUGUCGAAACAAUGCUACAAGAACGUGCUGAGCUUCUGGCCGAUUUGAAGGCCAAUUUGAAGCGGGCUCAACAGAGGAUGCAACACCAAGUUAAUCAACACCGCCGUGACGUAGUUUUUCAGCCCGGGGAUCUGGUUUUGCUCAAACUCCAGCCCUAUCGUCAACAUUCGGUGGCCCGGCCACUAUCUCACAAGCUCUCUCGUCGUUUUUACGGUCCAUUUGAGGUGAAAGAACGGAUUGGGGCAGUGGCUUACAGAUUGCGCCUUCCCGACGGCUGCAAAAUUCAUGAUGUUUUUCACGUCUCACUCUUGCGCCCUUUUGUACAAUCCGGCGUUCUCCCACCGCCGGCAGCCCUGCCCGACGAACUCCACAGAGGGCGCCCGUUAUCUGUGCCGCUUGAGGUUGAACGAUCACGCUCAGUGUUGGUGGAUGGGGUGCAGCAGACAGAGUGGCUGGUACGUUGGUCCGAUGGGGCAGAUCAUGACACCACGUGGGAACCAGAGGAGGAGCUCCGGCAACGCUUCCCUACGCUCAACCUUGAGGACAAGGUUGUUCCUGAGCCCAGGGGAGUUGAUACGAAGGUACCAUCGGACACGUUAAGCAAUGACGUGGUGGACUCGACUACGGCACCGGUGUGUUCUCGUCCGCAUAGGAACGUGGGCCGUCCAAGAAAAUAUGACGACUAUGUUUAAACGUAUCAUUUUAAAUUAUUGGCUUUUAUUUUUAUUGUAUCGUAGAUUUUUUUAGGUGAGCGGUUUAUAAGCUCCUUCGAGGGUUUCUUUACGGUUCUUUACCUCGUCGNUUUUUUUGAACCGUCAGGAUAGAUAACCUAGACUAAGUAGGAUUAAGGGGGUUAUUUGUUAUAAAUAGGGCGUCCAAUGCUCUCCUAAUAAUCAAUAAAGAAUUCCCUU